CUGCAACUGCAGUCUGUAACGUAAUAGCUGAAGUGCGUUUCACUGCAGUGCGUUCCCGUACCUCAUGCUCUGCAGAUUGCGAGGAGUGUGUGUUGGUCACUUCUUGUCCAGUGAUGUUGGCCAACAUCCGAAAAAGGCGCAGAAACCCUAAGGUCUGUGGAUGGUCCAAUACAGAAGUGCCAAUGGUCUGCUGUCCUAGGCGCAGAACGACGACUUCGACUACAGAAACACCACCACCACCAACAACAACGCUACGCCCUGAACACAUCAGUCGCAUCAGCCCGAAAGCAUGCGGAAGAAGACACACUUCUAUUUCUCCUGAAUAUCAACAAGGGCCUUAUCCAGUUGAAACCUUACCUUCUUCUCCUGUGCAAGGAGCUCCUUUGCCGGACUUUAUCCUUCACUCGCCUCAGAGUCCACCUGCUCCUUCGCCUAUAGCUUCCCCUUUUCCUAUAUAUGGAAAGCCACCGCCUCCUCUAAUUCAAGCAGCUCCUUCGCCUCCAGCUAAUCCGUUUCCUAUAUAUGGGAAACCUCCUCAAGUUCAAGCUGCUCCUUCGCCUGUUGUUGCUAAGAUGCCUCCUCCUGAAGCCGAGAUGUUCCCAUCUUCUGGAAUGGAGUCUCCUGAAACUGGAGGAGCUGUCCUUCACGAACCACUGCUUGAAGAGUUUCUGGACCAAGGAAUUGAGCCAAGAUCUCCAGAGCCAGUAAGUUACAGUGGAGCUGCUGUGCUGGACGAAGAAGAACCAUCAGUCGACAGAGUGAAGAUUUUCACGGUGGGCGGGGAAUCGGCGGAUAAGAUUUGGCCCUGGAUGGUGGCUAUUUUCUAUGGCAACUCCUCAACGCAACUUUGCGGAGGCACCCUCAUCGAUGACAGACACAUCAUUACAGCAGCACAUUGUUUCGUUGGCAAAAGGUAA